AUGAGCACACGAUUCCAUGAAAUUAAUGAAAAGGACGUUGACGAGUUCAAUGAAACAGAGGAAAAUCAGAAUACUAAAAGAAAAACAGAACUAGACGUCAAUUUAAUUCAUUCUUAUAUCGCAAGUGAAGCUGCAAGCCAUGUCAAUAGACCGCCGAGAAUGGAAGAACUGUCGCCGUCUCAACUCGAUACAUAUUUAAGUAAAUUUUUGCUGGCCGUAAGGAAAAAAAACGGAGAAGAAUACGAGCCAACUACUCUUCGUGGUUUUAUAUCCUCAGUCGAACGUUAUCUGAAAAAACAUCGAUAUUGCGAGUCUGUAGUCACGGGACAAAGCUUUGCCCGAACAAGAGAAACACUGAGGUCGAAACAAAAGCAACUAAAGCGCGAUGGAAAAGGAAACAAACCAUUCGAAGCCGCUUCUUUGACCAAAGAAGAGAUAGAAAUGCUUUACAGCAGCGGUGCUUUUGGUUGUAAUAGUCCUCAAGCUCUAAUAAAUACACUCUGGUACAACAACUGUUUACAUUUUGGAUUACGAGGCGGGAAGGAACAACGUGAUUUAAAAUGGGGAGAUGUUCUUCUCAAAAAAGAUACGGAAGGUAAAGAGUAUCUUGAGUAUAACACUGAGAGGCAAACGAAGACCCGAACCGGUGAAAACUCCAUGAAUAGAAGAUCGAUCAAACCGCGUAUGUACGAAAAUCUCUCAGCUGGCCCUGAACGGAAUCCCGUCUUCUUGUAUAAACUGUACAAAGCUAAACGACCGGAGUCGUAUAUGGACAACAAUGCUCCAUUCUAUCUCGGCGUAAACCACGCGAAUGCCAGUAAGGCAGAUCUGCCAGGACUGAAAUGGUUCAAACCUCAACCAAUGGGUGUAAACAAAUUAAACUCCCUCAUGAAAGAUUGUGCACAACUGGCUGGAAUUGGAAAAGACAAGCGAAUAACAAAUCACAGCGCUCGAAAAACACUUGUUCAAAAACUACAAGACAACAAUGUUCCUCCAACCCAAAUCGUACAAAUAACCGGUCACAAAAAUUUGCAGUCAGUUAACAAUUAUAGUUCAUUGAGAGAACAACAACAACAAGACAUUUCUUCGAUCUUGUCUUCGGUGCCGAAUGUGGGUAACGCACGAUCGUCGCUCUCUUCGCAGGAGACCAUUUCGUUCAGUGUGAAGCAAGAUGCUAUUAAUCCAUCCUCGUCGCUUUUUCAGGGCAAUUCCAUCACAGGGGGCACGUUUAAUAUCCACAUAUCUAGCGCUUCGUCUUCUGCGUCGAACACAAUGAUAGGCGCUAGUCCGAAAGCUAAGAAACUACGACGACUGUUACCUCUUGAAAGUGAUAGCAGUCAAGAUGACAGCCAGGAAAAAUGA